AUGAAGCGUUCGGCGGCAUCCACCGUACCCCUCGUCCGUCUCCUCCUCCUCCUCGCCGUCGCAACGGCGUCCGCCGCCGCCACCGGCGGCAUGGCCGGCGCUGCGGAGGCAGAACACGCCGCCAACUACCUCGUCUACGUCAACCCACACCCGCCGGGCGUCGACUGCCAGGCGUACCAGCUCGGCAUCCUCGCCGCCGCCCUCGGAAGUGAGGCGAAGGCGAAGGCGGCGAUCCUGUACAACUACAGGAACGUCAUGAGCGGGUUCUCGGCGAGGCUCACGCCGCCGGAGCUGGAGGCCGUCAAGAAGCAACCUCAGGUGAACCGGGUGCUGCCGAGCGCGACCUUGUCUCUGAUGAGCAGCAAGUUCGACGGCGUCAGCUAA